AUGUCUGAAGAAGUAAUCACAGAAAGGCAAGGUAGACCUCAGCUUCGAGUUAUUGAAUACAAGACUCACUCAAGCACCACAUCCCCUCCAAAUUUUCAGCUGAGACCUCGCAAUAGAUCAACUGAUGCUCCAUCUUCAAAAAAUAUUAACUUCCAUGAGCGCAACAUUAAAUAUCUUAAAACUUUGAAAGAAAAAAAGGACCAGAGGCUUCAAGACCUCGAGCAAGAAAAACAAAAACUUGAAAUCACCAGACAAAGACUAGCUUCUUUAAUUUUAAAACGAAACGAAGUUAAUAAUAGCAAAGAAGAAAGGCCAAAAACUGUAUGUGAAAAUGCAAAAGAAGAAGAAAAUGAUGACAAAUUCAAAACUGAGGAUUUUAGUGAAUCCAGUCAAAAAUCGAAUAAUUUUCAAAAUUAUUCCUUUAUCUAUAUAUGAAUAAGCCAAAAAAGCAGUUAAGUCAUUAAUAUUUUUUGCAAACAUUUAUAUAUAGAAAUUAUAUUAUAGAUCAAGAUAUCACACUCUCCUCGAAACUCUUCAAGAAAAUAAUAAAUAUAAACAGCAAUUAAAAGAAAUAGAAGAGCAAAAGAAAUUGAAUAAUAUGAAGAAGCUUAAAGAAGAUCUAGGAUUUGUCAAUGUCUCCUCAAAAUUGUUUAACCCUACCAUUUCAAGUAUGAUUAAUUCAAAUAAUUUAUCAGAAAGUGAAAUCGCUGAACUAAAAGCAUCAAAAUAUGCAUCCUUUGUAAAUGUAAAUAAACCAAAACCAAAACCACAGACCCCUUUUAAGCCUGCAGAAGAUGAUAAAAUUAAGCAGAAAUUAGCAAGAGAAGCAGCAGAAAAGAUAUUUAGAAGAGCUCAAGAACACCUAAAUCAAUUAGCAGAAAGAAAAAUGAUAGAGGCUAAAAAGGAGUCAGAAGCAAAAGAUAGAGAAUUAAGGAUGAGGCAAGCUUUAAAAGAAUCAGUUUUAAAUAAAGUCAAAACCAAUGUGGUAUCUAAAGAAGAACUACCAGCUCCUCAGCAAUCUCCAGUCAAAAAGCCUAAAAAAUCUGACGAAAAAAUCCUCCAAAGACUUGUCCAGGUCCCCAAAAGAUGGCCUGGGUGCACAAUUACAGACAUCUCAAUUUUCAGAAAAAAAUACAAGCUCAGCGAAAAAGAUAAAAUUUUUGUGAUAAAUGGGACUUAUCCUGAUAUAAGAAAAGCAUUGCUUGAUAGAGGUAAUCAUCAAAUAGUAAGACUGAUUUGAAAAUCCAGACGUAAAUAGCCCUUGUUUUGAUCUUAUUUGGACAGUUCGAAGAAAAGACAUUGAUUUUCCAAAUCUACAAGAGCAUCAGCUUUGUAAUCAUUUUGAUGAGAGCACUACGAUAACCACAAAGGCAGGAUUAUCUAAAAAUCUGAAAAAUUUAAUAUGAUUUUGCAAUGUUGAUAUUGAUACAUUUUAUCCUAGAUGUUUUGAGGUAAGUGAGCAGCCAGAACUUGACGAUUUUAUUACAGAAUUCAAAGCUUUGAGGGCUGAAGCACUAUUGAAAAAAGCACUAUCUGGAAUAAAGAUUAAAGAAGAGAAAUUAAGGAUAGCGAUUUCUAUAUGUCAAAGACGACUAAAAGACUUGGAUGAGCUAGUUGAUGAUCCGAAUAUUGAUGGAUGGGAACUUGGUAUACCCAAUUCUGGCAUUUUUUUUUAAAAAAAAUAAUUAAAAGUUAAAAUAGGGUAUUUUUGAUAUUCAAAUUCAUUAAAUUUUGGAUAAAAGAAGAUGAAUGAGCAAUAAUUUCUGACAACACCAAAGAUGAAGAUCUUUCAGGGCUAGAAAACCCUCACCUACUCCAACAAGCCCGAGAAAUCGCUCAACUCAUGAUGCAAAAAUUUCCACAGUUCAAUAUAAACGGCUGCCUCAAUAUUUGAAUAGUAAAACCUGCAGGCCUAUCACGUGGCAGAGGUAUAAACUGCUACAACAAUCUUUCAGAUAUUCAAAAUCAUAUCCAAAAAGAAGGAGGAUGGGUCGUUCAAAAAUACAUAGAAAAUCCCAAAUUAAUAUUAAGAAAAAAAUUUGAUAUUCGUCAAUGGGUUUUAGUUACAUGCUGAAAUCCCUUAACAGUCUGAUUUUAUGAGCGCUGCUACUUAAGAUUUGGCGUUGAAGACUUCACCUUUGACGAUUUAAGCAACAACUAUGUGCAUCUUACCAAUAACUCAAUCCAAAAAAAUUCUGAGCUAUUUUAUUCUUCAGAAAUUGAAGGCUGUAUGUGGCAUUCCGAAGAAUUUGCAGAAUAUUUAAGAGAAGAAACAGGCAGAGACCUAUGAGAAGAAGAUAUUAAACCAAGAAUAAAAAAUAUUGUAAAACACUCAUUGGAAUGUGUACAAGAUAUGAUUGAUAAUCGGAAAAAUUCAUCUGAGCUGUUUGGGUUUGACAUAAUGAUUGAUGACAAUAAUAAUCCAUGGCUUAUUGAAGUAAAUGCGAGCCCAGCUAUGGAUUAUUCUACACAAGUAACUGAAGAGCUUGUCCAUUUAGUUAUGGAAGAUACUAUUAAAGUUAUGGUAGACUAUCAUUUUGCUAGUAAAAAGAAAAAACAUAUUGAAAUUGAUACUGGGAAUUUUUCAUUACUUUUUAAGCCAAAAGGUCCUGUAGAGAAGCCUAUCCAGUCUUAUGGGCUGAAUCUAUUAUGUGAGGGCAAGGCAAUAAAGUCAUUUUCUUAA